AUGGCGACGUACCGCAGAAAACGACAAAACAGUCUUGAGCCUCACGAUGAAGAAGUCGUCCAGAAAAAAAGCAGAGUUGCCGACGCCUACCGCGAUGGAAUGGCUGAAGAUACUCACAUGCCAAGAUUCAUUCUCCGGGAAGGCGCCAGCGACACUUUUCCCGGUUCCAUUCUCAGCGAGGAUUUCACCAAUCAAGCCAGCACUUUCUGCACGCCUCCAAACGAUCCAAACGUCACCAUGCUCUCCUCUAUCCUUCGUCGAGGCCCGAGGAUUCGCCCUCCUAAGGUUGGUGAUUACCGAAGCAGCGUAUUUGACAUGGAGCAAUUGGAAGAGGAAGAUGAGCGUGAAUUCGGACGAUACCGCGAGCCAACCGCCGGAUCGUCAAGCAACGCCCCAGCUUCUGGCCAAUCUUCUGGCCAAUCUCAGCAGGCCAGCGCUGGAACCUUUCAAAGGGCUCGAGACCCUUUGCCAAGUCUCAACCCGCGCGUCGUGGAAGUGGACGACUUGGAUGAGGAGACUGAAGCUUCUUCAUUUGAGUCACUGCAUUUUCCCAGUUCGCCCAGAGCUCGUUCAGCAUCUGGUGAUGAGCCACUGGCGGUUUCCGACGCCAGGACACCUUCCUCUGUCACGGUCACGGCAGGAGCGGUCUCGGAUAGACGCAAGCGCUCGAAAGACGAGUUGCAGAGAGCUGUUUCCUUGGAAGAAGACGACAUCGUGAGUCACGAAACGUUUGCGUCCUCAAAAGCGGCCGACGAGACCAACUUUCUUGGCCAACUCGCUGAACGGCUGGGUGUCACCCAUGUUGUUGCCUCGAGCCCACAAGUUAUUGAAUUCGCCGGCGAGCACAUCUUGCUGAGCAUCAGGAACUCGGGAGGCCCCGUCAAACUCAAGAUUGAGAACGGCCAAAAGAAGGCUGAAACCCGUCGAACUCACGAGGGUCUGGCUUGCACAAGCUCUCUUGCGUCCUCAUCCUCGAACACGGCUUUCGAUGUCGGGCCUAAUGUUUCUCUAAGCGGCCAACAGGUUUCAGCCCCCAAGCAAGUAGUUGGCGAGCAGCGCACUUGGACCAACUACGGCCAAGGUUACCGCAACUCGUCGACAUACACCGACCAGCGCCCUCGAAGCUUCAGGUAUCACAGAAAAAAGGGUGGAUACCUUGGCGGCAGCCGUGGCAGCCACAGAGGCAGCUACGGCUCUGCCCGAGAAGCUACGCACGUGGGUUUCGGAGGUAGCUAUGGAGGCGGCAAUGGCAAUGACUAUAAGGUCACUUACGAAGAUGGCUACCACACAGAGGGUCACUAUGGAGGUGGCCGCCAAGGUAGCUAUCUUCGUGGUUUUGGCAGAUGGUCGCAAUAA